AAACAAACAGGCAGGAUUGCAGAAAACCGUCCCACCUCUCGCACCGCGAGCAUCCUAUGACGUCGACAACCGACAAGACGGCAGAAUGAACGACGCGGAUGAGGAUGAUGCCGCAGACAACAACUUUGGCCUGAUCCAGUGCGCAACGGAAAUGCUCCAAUCUGCCUGCCGCGUGGAGGAAGACCUCCGGGCAAGGACGGGCUUCGCAGGUGAGAUGGAGAUGCAAAUUGAUUCCAUGAUUGGUGGGCGAAGGCAUUUGCAUUUCCUGUUUGAACCAAAAAGAGGAACACAUGUGACAACUACAACAGCUGAAUAGGAUUUGAAUUGCAGAAAGUGAAAACUUGACCAGGUACAGCCGACGUGAUUUUUUCUCCGAAGGCUGGUGGCCCCAGUAUCGCGUCCGCGUCCGUAGCGAACACCAGCGCCACAGCCGCGCAGAGUGGCUACGCGAGAAAUUUGUUGCUCCUGCAGGACGACCAUCAGGUACUUCUAGGUCCGAAUAAAAACGCGGUGGCCCCCUCCUCAGCAGGAUACUUCUCUAGCAAAAACGCAACCAGUGGCCCGAAGUCAACAAAACCAGUUGCAGUUGCACAUCAAAAGCUGACCACUUCUGCUUCAUCCGGAAUCGGUGUUGGAGCGGCGGCGAAAGCCACGGCUCGAAGCGCGGCC